UUUCUGUAAUUUGUCGUUGUUUAUUUCUCGAGUGCACUCGUACUUAUUGGUCACUUCACAGUUACCGUAAUUGUCUUUGCGGUCACGGACGCGGUAGCGCGAGUCUGUAAGUCAGAGUUCAAUUAACACACAACAUGAUUAAUACAGAAUUGUCUUGUCAGCUUGUUGGUGAAAAUCACACAAGAAAGGAUUGCUGAAUUCUUGGUCAUCACAGUUUAAACUGUUGCAGGUCUUAUAGUAAUUGAUAGAAUAUUAUCUUGAGAGAUGAUGGUCAGUACGGAAAAUGGAAAUUCAAAACCAACAUCGGUUUUAUCUCACGGUACUCACAGUCAUAAUACGUUGUCUCCAGCAACGGAAUCCGCGAGUACAUCGUCAUCAACAAACAGUCUCACAGGAGAUGAACCUGAUUUAAUGGAUGUGCUUUAUGAUAAAGAACCCAAAUCAACAGAACUUCGAAUAAGUUGUGCAAUAUGUGGUGAUCGGGCAUCAGGGUUUCAUUACGGAGUUCAUGCAUGUGAAGGAUGCAAGGGAUUUUUUCGCCGAACUGUCAGAAUGAGAUUAAAAUAUAAAGAAUGUCAGAUCGGAUGCAAGAUUAAUGUAAAAUCGCGGAACAAAUGCCAAUAUUGUCGAUUUCAGAAAUGCAUAAAAUCUGGAAUGUCGCAUGACGCAAUUCGAUUCGGUCGAAUGUCCCGCGUCGAAAAAAAGAAAAUAAUUUCAAAAAUGGCAAGAGAAGAACCAGAACUUCUCAAUAGAAAAAGGAUAGAAGAAGAAGAAAAUCUGAAAAAACUCACUCUUCUCUUAUCUGAGGCUUUCCAAGCACAUCUGAGUACAACGAGAACGAAAAUGAUUGCUCUGUGGCAAAAACGUGAUCUUCCUGGAGUUUCGGCACCCUGUCUCAAUUGCCUUGAAGAUGUCAAAGCUCUAUAUCCAAAAUUAUUCGAAAGAAUGAAAAAUUUAAAUAACAAUUCUGAAGAAGUCAAUCAACAUUCAGCUGUUCCACUUCAAAAUCCAACUCAAAAUCUUCAACAAUCACCAAAUAAGAUCUCACCAGGCCAUCCAGCUAUGGGUGACGAUUCUUUUUCUUCAAUAUUUCUCGAUGAUAUUUCAUUGUCAUCUUCCUCUUCGUUAUCUGAUACCGAUUCUGAUGAGCUCUUGAGUGCCGUAAAGAAAACAACAAUACCGUAUCCCCAGUAUAAUAAUUUAGAUAGAACUCCUGAUUUUUCGCAUGUAUAUGGAGGAGAAAAUAUCAUGUCUACUGCUGCAGAUAACAGCAGUAGCAGUUCAAGCUAUUCUUCAGAAGACAACAGGACUUCAAUCGCUAUGGAAACUCAUUCCAAUUUCGAUGUAAAACCGUAUACAUUCCAAUCUCAGGCAAAUUCUGACAUUAAAUUCAAUCCAAUGCAAUAUCGUCAACUCCAAAAUCAACAAAUGCCUGAAAUGAGUCGUGGUGCUCAACAAAUUCCUGAAAUGAGUCGUGGUGCCAGUGCCACUCAAGACGACACGCCACCACUGAAUGACGUUUUAAAAAUGUUGCAAGACAGUGAGGAAGCCCGACAAAAAUUAGCUAGCUUGUCACAUCUCCAUCCAGUGGAUUUAGAAAAGUUUCUGGCCGAUUUUCCAAGAUUAAGAUUGGUUUUGAUAAAAAUUAAUAUCACCGUUGUCGAUAUUAUGAAAUAUGCACAGGAUAAUAACUCAAAUCCUCUUUAUGCACUUUUUCAUUUAAUCAGUAAUUUCAGGGACGCUCAUGUACGAAAACGACUCAACACUGGUUUGGCAGGAACCUCAGCAGCCUCUUCUUCUUCACCACAAAAAGCCACUUCAACAGUUCAACAAUCAAUGAUCAAUCUUCCUAGACAGAAUCCUAAUCAGGUAAUCGGCAUGAAAGUUGUGAAAUUUUUAUACCAAAGAAUGCAGAAACGUAUUGUUAAAGGUGUUUGCGAACUCACAGAGUUUUCAAAAAGGAUUCCUGGAUUCACUGAUCUUAUCUUAAGUGACCAGGUUAUCCUUCUCAAAUACGGCAGCUAUGAGGCAUUAUUUGUAUUAUUGGGAGUCAUGAUUUUUAAAAAUGGAAUGUUAUUACCUGAUGGGAAUCUACAUGUUACAUAUGAGUUUGUUGAAAAGCUUGGUGAUGCUGGACAGGUGAUGAAAUCAAAGUUUAAAUUUGCAGAAAAAAUUGCGAGUUUGAAUCUAGAAGACAAUGAUUUUGCAUUGUUUGUUGCCGCCAUUAUUUUGUUUGGAGACCGGCCUGGAUUAUGUGAGAGGGAAAAAGUGGAAAAAAUUCAAUACGAUAUACUAAGAGCUCUGGAAUUGCAAUUGAAAAGCAAUCAUCCUAACGAUCCACAAUUGUUCGCUAAAUUACUUUUGAAAAUGACUGACCUGCGUCAACUAGUUGCGGAUCAUGUGGCAAUGACCGAACGGGUCGCAAAUAUGCACUCAAUGAAGAAAUUGUUUCACCCAUUGGUGUCCGAGCUUUUAAAAGACAGGGAUUAGUGCCUUAUUGUACUUUUAUCAUUAUCUGGGAGUAGAGAGAUUGUAAAAUGCCAAAGAACUAAACUUCUUUGAAGUUGAAUGAGUUUCACUAAUAGCCUAUAUUUGCAAGCAAGAAAUAAUGAGUUUCAGUCGGUUUUUUUACCCAUGGAACUAAUAUUGUACCUUUUUAAAAUUAUCCCAUUGUGAGGCUAAAAUAAGAUUAUUCAAUUUCUAUUAAUUUUUUGCUAAUUACCUGUCACAAUUCUGUAUGUACAAAAUGAAAUAUAUAUAUAUGAUUUAACAUUGUGCAUGUCAAACAAUGAAGAAAAUUCAGCAAUGGUACUUUUUUCUUAGUUUAUGCAUCCUGAAUCUUUUUCUAUAUUAUAACCUUGUUUUGAAUAACGGACUAGUGUAAAGUGAGAAAGAUGUCCAUGCAUUGAGUAACGUUCUGUCUAUUAUUUGUUGUUUUUUUUCUUCUGUUUGAUAAUAGGGGGUUUGUCAGUUGUGUAUUGCUGGGCCUAUAUGGUCUUCUGUGCCUCAUUUGUCAACUUAGCACAUUCGGGAGGCCCAUUGCAAAUGGAAGGAAGUGUUUUAUGACUAUUUAUCGCAAUAGUUCUUCUAUUUCUUGAAAAAAUACGGUACACUAAAGUAAAGACAA